GGCGUGUCAGGCUGCGGCAGGGGACCAGCCGAUUGGCUGGGAGGGAAAGGAGCCGGGCUGCCGGCCCGAACAGAGGGCGGUGCUGCAAGGCUAGUCUGGGAGGUGACGACCGGCUUCGGAGCGUCUAUCAUGGCAGCUCGGACUGGUCGCACGGCGUUGAGAAGGGUGUUCUCGGGAUGCCUUCCGAAGUCGGCGACAGCGGCCUGCGCCCCCGCUCGGGCGCAAGCGCCCGUGCGGAAUGGCAGAUAUUUAGCUUCCUGUGGCAUACUGAUGAGCAGAACUCUUCCACUACAUACCUCAAUUUUGUCUAAGGAGAUAUGUGUACGAACUUUCUUCAAAAUCACUACACCAUUAAUAAACAAAAGGAAAGAAUAUUCAGAGAGAAGAAUUUUAGGAUAUUCAAUGCAGGAAAUGUAUGAUGUAGUAUCGGGAAUGGAGGAUUACAAGCAUUUUGUUCCUUGGUGCAAAAAAUCAGAUGUUAUAUCAAAGAGAUCUGGAUAUUGUAAAACACGAUUAGAAAUUGGAUUUCCACCUGUGUUGGAGCGCUAUACAUCAGUAGUAACCUUGGUGAAACCUCAUUUAGUAAAGGCAUCUUGUACUGAUGGGAGACUUUUCAAUCAUUUGGAGACUGUUUGGCGUUUUAGCCCAGGUCUUCCUGGCUACCCAAGAACUUGUACCUUGGAUUUUUCAAUUUCUUUUGAAUUUCGAUCACUUCUACAUUCUCAGCUUGCCACAUUGUUUUUUGAUGAAGUUGUGAAGCAGAUGGUAGCUGCCUUUGAAAGAAGAGCAUGUAAGCUAUAUGGUCCAGAAACAAAUAUACCUCGGGAGUUAAUGCUUCAUGAAGUCCAUCACACAUAAAGGCAAAAAAGAACUGGUGUCACCUGCUUCUAACUUUAGUGUGUUCAUUUUUAGGACGUAUUUUCAUGACAUGUUUUCAGAAGCCAGAAAGCAUUUGUUAAACGCAACUUUGGUUAUAAACCUGCACCGUUGAAAAUUUGCACAUAGAAUAUAGACUCACUUGUACAUAGAAUUAUUUCUUCAAUCAAGUAUAAUUCAAAAUAAUAUGGACAGUAUCAUGUUCUGCAUUACAAUAAUGGGAUGUCAUCACCAUUACUAGAAUAUGGGCGUGAUUCUUAUGAGCAGAAGUUGAAACUGUAAAUUUAAACCUUUUAAUUAUCACCUUACCUGAAAGAGGUUAGUUAAGAUAUUCACGCAGUAUGUAUUAUAUUAACCAUAUCACACUUAAGUUAUUAAAUUCAGACUAUUUGUAACUUAUUGUUAUAGGGCCUACCAUAUGGCUUAGGAUAUUUGAGUAAUCAUAUAUUUAAAGUAAAAACUUUGGGCUGGGCGCAGUAGCUCACGCCUGUAAUUCCAGCACUUUGGGAAGCUGAGGUGGGCAGAUUAGUUGGGGUCAGGAGUUUGAGACCAGCCUGGCCACCAUAAUGAAACCCCAUCUCUACUAAAAAUACAAAAUUAGCUGGGCAUAGUGGCACACACCUGUAAUUCCAGUUACUUGGGAGGCUGAGGCACAAGAAUCGCUUGAACCCGAGAGGUGGAGGUUGCAGUGAGCCAAGAUCGCCCUGCUGCACUCCAGCCUGGGCAACAGAGGGAGACUCUGUCUCCAAAAAAAACAAAAAACAAAAACAAAAGCUGUUAGUGAAGGUUCCCUGGGACUUUUGAUAUUUUAAAAAUUGUUCUUAUGACUAGUAGAUAAAUUCAGUGCCAUAAUGAGGCUAGCUCCCAGAUAAACAGUGAAUUUUUUUCUUUUUUUUUUUUUGGUGAGUGGUCCAGAGCUUUAAGCUACUUUUCCAGUAGUUUGCCACUUUCUCCGAGGUAGUUUGGCUGCUCUUUCAAUUAUGCUAAUUGUGUGUCAAAUUUUGUCUACAACAGUAGGCAACAGAUGAAGAUAAGUUGGUUGAAUGUCUCCAGCACUAUGCAUCCCUAUUUUCUAUUUAUUGUGUAUACUCACUUUCAGUAAUGUGUUUCAAACCAGUAUUUUUUAAAAAACAAAUCAAUGUAAGGACUGAAGUUGAAGUAGCAACAUAAUAAAGUUAAUUUGUUUAUUUUUUGUACAGUUAGUUUGGUUAUUGAAAUCUUCCUAUAUUGUUUCAAUGUGUAUUUGCAUAGACAUAGUAAAGUGUUAUUAUAGCAUUUCAUGUCUUAAAAAUAUCUAUGAAGAUUUCUAAAAUAUCUAUUUCUAUGAAGAAACAGACUUUGACAAA